CAUUCUGAGCCAAUGGGCUUCGGUAAGGGAUGAUUAUUUUGUCGAUGAAAAUUCACUCGUCCUCCAUCCGUCACCGUCUCGUGUAGUACCAUUUAUGUCACAGUGGGCGUAUUGAAUGCGCGAGAUGCAUUUCAUGUUGAUCAAGGAGUGAUGGUACAGAUAUUUUGAUUGUUAACUAGGACGGCCCAGAUGACCCUCAAAAUCCUAAAAAUUGGAGUUAUUCAGAUUGCCUGCUAUGGUUCCUGGAUCUCUGCUACUUCCAAUAGGGUGCUUGAUCGUAGGCUGGACCUCUGAAGCCCAUACCCAUUGGAUAGCUGUAGAUAUUGGUAUGGCACUUGUGGGCACAGGUAUCAUUCUGAGUUUCCAGUGUAUUCAGACCUACAUCCUUGAAUGCUUUCAGCUUCAUGCCGCUUCCGCAAUUGCUGCUGUCGCCUUUUUGAGGUCACUGGCAAGCUUUGGAUUUCCCUUGUUUGCUCCGGCAAUGUAUGACGCACUCGGAUUCGGGAAUGGCAAUACUGUUCUGGCAGUUGCGGCGAACGUCUUAGGCUGUCCCGCGCCCUGGAUAUUUUGGUAUUACGGGGAGCGGAUACGGAACAGCAGUCGACAUGCGCAUUGAUAACUCUAGAAGAAUUGAGGAGCAACCGAAAUGGCGCAUGACGCACGAGUUAUGAACCCUGCGGGCAGUAGUUGUGCACUGUACACUACACGUUCGCCAGGUUUCUAGAUUGACAAUAGACUCAUGUAGGAGAUCAGAACAGGCCAUAAACACACCAUAAUACUAUUCACAGCCGAACCUCCACAUGAUUAAUUAGGUGCCACAUGCACAUAUGUACGAUAACUCCAAAAUAUAGGUGUCCUGAAUUGUUCAAUUCUAACUAAUAAGUUCACCACCAGCGAAUCUCUGUCCAUAAUAGGGGUCCAAAAAUUGCAAUUGCCGUCCAUAACUACACAAAAAUGUUAGUCGGGAUAA